CCAAGGACGGAAGGACCCGCACGUCGGGGGCCUCUCUAGCCCUAUCCACGCCCUAUUCUUGAUAGUCUUCCGGAAGAAAAGGCUCUCGGAGCGAGAGAGAUGUUGCGCGGAGCUAGUAAGAGGCGUCGCGCGGUGACGCUCUGGCCCGACGCCGACGGCCUCUCUGUGGCUCCCGGAGGACCCAGAGAGCCGAGUGUUAGAGGUGAGGAGGCGGGGCUGUCUGGCUAGUCUGGACCUCGGGAAACCUCUGACCUCAAGCUUUGGGCGUUUCCUCAAGAGGCUCUCCUCUGUCCUAUUGUUUGCUGCACCUCUCAGGCUCCUACUUACUUCUUCACAGAGCCACAGACCAAACUUGCACCGUAAGCCCUGACUCCUUGCCCAUACCACCCACCCAUGGCCUCCGAACCAGGCCCAGCGUCUUGCUGACAUGGUAACACAGCAGAGGACCAGCAGAUGAAUGGACACCUUGAAGCAGAGGAGCGGCAGGACCAGAGGCCAGAGCAGGAGCUGACCUGGAGCUGGGGCUACCGGCCUAGAAGCGCCCUGGACAGGGUCAAGGCCAUGGCCCCCCCACCGCCACUGGCCCCCAGCACCCCACUCCUGCAUGGCGAGUUUGGUUCCUACCCAGCCCGCGGCCCACGCUUCGCCCUCACUCUCACACCACAAGCCCUGCACAUACAGCGGUUGCGCCCAAAGCCCGAGGCCCGGCCCCGGGGUGGCCUGGUCCUGCUGACCGAGGUCUCAGGCUGCUGCACCCUGCGGAGCCGAAGCCCCCUGGACUCAGCAGCCUACUUCUGCGUCUACACCUACCCCAGGGGCCGGCGCGGGGCCCGGCGCAGAGCUGCACGCACCUUCCGGGCCGACGGGGCAGCCACCUACGAGGAGAACCGCACUGAGGCCCAGCGCUGGGUCACUGCCCUCACAUGUCUGCUCCGUGGACUGCCACUGCCUGGGGAUGGGGAAAUCACCCCCGACCUCCUGCCGAGGCCGCCCCGAUUGCUCCUAUUGGUCAAUCCCUUUGGGGGGCGGGGCCUGGCCUGGCAGUGGUGUAAGAACCAUGUGCUGCCCAUGAUCUCAGAAGCGGGGCUGUCCUUCAACCUAAUCCAGACAGAACGACAGAACCAUGCCCGUGAGCUGGUCCAGGGGCUGAACCUGAGCGAAUGGGACGGCAUCGUCACAGUCUCGGGAGAUGGGCUGCUGUAUGAGGUGCUGAAUGGACUCUUACAACGCCCCGACUGGGAAGAGGCUGUGAAGACCCCCGUGGGCAUUCUCCCCUGUGGCUCGGGCAACGCAUUAGCAGGAGCCGUGAACCGGCACGGGGGAUUUGAGCCUGCCCUGGGCAUUGACCUGCUACUCAACUGCUCCUUACUGCUCUGCCGGGGUGGCAGCCACCCGCUGGACCUGCUCUCCGUGACCCUGGCCUCCGGCUCCCGCUGUUUCUCUUUCCUGUCUGUGGCCUGGGGCUUCGUGUCAGAUGUGGACAUCCAGAGCGAGCGCUUCAGGGCCCUGGGCAGUGCUCGCUUCACGCUGGGCACAGUCCUGGGCCUUGCCACACUGCACACCUACCGCGGCCGCUUCUCCUACCUCCCUGCCACUGUGGAACCCGCCUCGCCUGCCCCUGCCCAUGGCCUGCCAAGGGCGAAGUCAGAGUUGACCCUGGCCCCAGCCCCAGCCCCACCCGUGGCCCACUCACCCCUGCAUCGCUCAGUGUCAGACCUGCCCCUGCCCCUGCCUCAGCCUGCCCUGACCUCCCCUGGCUCACCUGAACCCCUGCCCAUCCUGUCUCUCAACGGUGGGGGCCCAGAGAUGGCUGGGGACUGGGGUGGGGCUGGGGAUGCCCCACUCUCCCCGGACCCACUGCUGCCCUCGCCCCCGGGGACCCCCAAGGCAGCUCAGCUCUCACCCAUCAGCGAAGGGGCCUCAGAAAUGGCAGCAUCCUCUGGGCUCCCACCUCCCACCCCUGGUGCCCCGGUAGUCAUCUCUGCUGGGGGACCACCUGAUCACCUGCUCCCUCCUCUAGGCACUCCGCUACCCCCAGGCUGGGUGACGAUGGAGGGAGACUUUGUGCUUAUUUUGGCCAUCUUACCCAGCCACCUGGGCGCUGACCUCGUGGCGGCCCCCCACGCGCGCUUUGACGACGGCCUGGUGCACCUGUGCUGGGUGCGCAGCGGCAUCUCGCGGGCGGCGCUACUGCGCAUGUUUCUGGCCAUGGAGCGCGGUAACCACUUCAGCCUGGGCUGUCCGUACCUGGGCUACGCCGCAGCUCAUGCCUUCCGCCUAGAGCCGCUCACGCCCCGCGGCGUGCUCACGGUGGACGGGGAGCAGGUGGAGUACGGGCCAUUGCAGGCACAGGUGCAUCCUGGCCUCGGUACAUUGCUCACGGGUCCUCCAGGUUGCUCUGGGCGGGAAGCCUAAAGCCGACCAAGUCUGGGGCCCGCCAGGGGCGGGGCUGACAUUCCCAAAGGGGCGGAGCCCGAGCUAGGGGGCACGGCGAGAUUGCUGGAGUUGGCCCGGAAGCCGCACACCAGUCCCGGCCCCAUCUCAGGAUUGCGCCCUACCCUAGGGGACCAGAGGUGAUGCUGGAGGGUGUCCCGAACUCCAGGGGCUUGGGGUCGGCAGGGUCACGGAGAAAUGGGCUUGCCCCAAGGGUAGUGCCUGAUCAAUGAGGGCGGGGUACACUCCAGGUCCACGUGCCCGGCUUGUAGAAAGCCAGGUCGGCUGAGGGCGGAGCCUGUCUUAACGCGUCGUCCAGUGACGCGACCUGGAAUGUACGGGCCGGGGAGGCCUUAGCUAAUUGGCCCCGUCUACUCCGGUGCCUCCACCAAGCUGGCCAAUCAGCCCGGGAGGGGCAGGUUCCCCCGGGCCGGCGCUCCGAUUUGCACUAAUGUUCCUCUACCCCCGGGUGGGGAAGUUCGUGUCCUGUCUUCUGUGCGUUCCCCCAGCUCCAAUCUUCAAAGCAAUUGAAAAGGUCUAUGCAAUAAAGGCAGUGGCUUCGUUCCUCUCA